AUGCUUUCCCAAUGGUUCGAUUCCAUAUGCACCGCAAAUGAGGCUUCCCUAUUGCUCGUUCAUUUCCAUGUCUUCUUUUACUUCUACCGCUUUAAAUUGAGCCAUUUAGGUUUGUAUUUGUUCAGUUCUCUCGUUGGACGACCAUCUUACAGACUGAUUGUCGUGGACUUCACUGCCGCAUGGUGCGGUCCGUGCCGUGCCAUCGCUCCAGUUUUUGCAGAGUUGGCUAAGAAGAUGAGUAAUGAUAUAUUCUUGAAGGUCGAUGUUGAUAAAUUGAAUACUGUUGCUGCGGAAUGGGGAGUGAGUGCUCUCCCUUGUUUCAUGUUCUUGAAGAAUGGGAAGGUGGUGGGCAGGUUUGUCGGUGCAAGAAAAGAUGCAUUGCAGAAGAUUGUUUUACAGCAUGCCUAAUGGGAAGUCUAUGUUGAGGAGAUAUCAUCAUCUGUUCUUUGGAUUUCAUUUGAAGAGAAAGGUGCCACCUUUCCCCAGCUGGUAAUAAAUUGAUGCUUUUGCUGAGCACAACUUUAAAUACAUUGAUUGCUCCG